AUGCCGUUUUGUGUGGCUUUUGGUUGUUCAAAUCAAACAGAAAACAACAAAAAUGUUUCUUUCCACACCAUGCCUAAAAAGCAAUCAUUAUUUAAAAAGUGGGAAGUGGCUAUUGGGAGAACAGAUUUACCUCCAAGUGGAAGAUUAUGUUCUGAUCAUUUUGAACAGUCGUGUUAUGUCUCGACAACAACAUUAAAACAGGAACUUUGUGGUGACUUGUAUUCAGCACGUAAAGCUACCCGUCGCCGAUUGACACCUGAUGCCGUGCCAACCUUGUUUAAACAUAAGGAAAAUAAAAAUAAGGAGAGAAGCACUUCUGUUGGCCGAUCUACACGUGCUGAACAUUUGAAGAUUCCGCCAUUAUUGACAUGUGAAAUGAGCUCGUUUACCACAAGAACUUAUUUACGCAUUUUUCUGACUGGCGCGAGUUUGAACAUCGAGACGGAAAGGAAAGCAGAAGUGGAGAAGGAGGAACAGGGAAGCUGUAGAAGAAUUUGA